AUGCGACGCGGGCGACGACGGCUGCUGGCGGAGGGUAACGUCGCGGAGCUCCAGCCGGGUGGAGAGUGGGAGGGACGGCCGGGCGAACUCGCUCUGGCGCGGUUCAACUACUACAAGUGCGGAAAAUGCGGAGAGCCUUACUUUGGGGGUUUGAGGGAAUGCGGAGGGGAGCCUGGGGGCGGCGGGGGCGACGCGAACGGCGACGCCGAGCUCAUGUGUGGUGGGUGCAGCGCCACGGUGAGCGGUUUGAGCGGCGCUUGCGCCAAACACGGGCGCGAUGAGCUCCAGUUCAAGUGUCGAUUCUGCUGCUCCCCGGCGGUUUUUUUUUGUUUCGGCUCCACGCACUUCUGCGAGAGGUGUCACGUCACGAGGCCGGAUUGGAAGCCCCAGCCGCCGCCGAAGACGUGCACGAGAGCGACCUGCCCGCUCGGCGUGGACCACCCUCCGCACGGGCAGGAAUUUUGCCUGGGGUGCGCGCUGUGUCGAGCCACCGACACGGGAUACUGA